AGUUAGUUUCGUGGCGGGAGAGCGACAGAGAGAGAGAGCGCGCGCAUCAAAUCGCGUUAUGUGCUUUUUAUUGCUUUGACUUUGCCGUCGGCAGAACACACGCAUCGAGAGAGUGGGCGAGUAAGACAGAGACAGAAACAGAAACCGAGCCGGAGCGAGGACAGAGAGCAGGCGCGCUCUUGUUGGAUAAAAUUACCGUUGGCUGUUGCCGUUUGCCGUUUACUGUUUUCCGUUCUUAGCGUCGCCAUAUUUGACUCUGGUGCGGGGCACAGGACUCGUCAUACAUCCUGCCGCCUCCUACAUUAUUCUCAGUUGCUGUUGUUGCUUUUUGUUUUCGCCUUAAUUUACUUUGAAUUCAUAAAUCAAAUAUUUGCAUUACGAAAUUGACGUCUUGAACGCGCGGUCGCAAAAGUAUUCUUGUUCUGGCUGCAGCUCCAGCACCAACGCUCCUUCAAGGACUCCUGCGUGAAUGAGCGAGCGUCUCUGUGUGUGGCAGUAGAGUGAGGCGAGCCGAGCGUCUCAGUGUGUGCCCCACACAGAGUGUGGCACUGCCAGUGCGUUUCGUGUGGGAGAUAAUCCCUAAAACAAACAAGAAUCUGACCUGCAGCCGAUUAGUGGGUGCCACGGCGGGAAGCAGCGGCAUCUCGAACUUUGCCCCAAAAGAAGGCUCUUUGAAGUGCUGAAGAAAUUUCGAAUUCCAUUUCAAUAUUAACUCAAGCUCAAGACAUCAAAAAAGGAAUAUUAAUUGCUUCUGGUAAACAUUCGAAGAGCAUCAGAUCUACUUCUGGCAAAUAAAACGAACAUCUAUCCUUCCGGUGAUUGGCGACUUUCGUCCUUGUUUUGAGAGUCCGCGUGGCAUGCAACCGUGUAGUCCAGCGGGCGUUAUUGCAAUGAUGCCGCCAUCGAAGAGUCCCGUCAUGGAGAGCGCCGCCUCGGAUCAGUCCGCCGUCGGCAUGAACCAACAGAAUACCACCAAUAAUGGCAGCAGCGAUGCCAAGCGAUCGUGUCCCCUGAAGUUCUCCAUUGCCAAGAUCAUGGAGCCGGACCACAAGCCCCAUCAGUCUGUGGCAGUGCUACCAGUGCAGCAUCCAUCCGCCAUCCUGGUCGAUGAGGAGGAAGAGGAUGCCGACGUUGAUGCCGAUUCGGAGCGAUCCUGCAGCCCCAUUGAGGUGAUCAGCCUGGAGCAGACACCCCACUCGGCGGCUGCCGUCAACUAUGACUCCGCCUUCAAGAAGUACGUCCCCGGAUCGGCGGGGGCUAUCUCCUCCUCCGUGUCGCCCUCCGCCUCCGCCGUGCAGCAGUUUGUGAGUUCCCGCCACCAGGAGCUGCUCUCCCAGUAUCCCCUGCUCUACUAUGCCCCCAAUCAGCUGAUGUGUGCCGCUGCAGCCGCGCAGUACGCGGCCCUCACGGCCCAGCAGCAGACGCUGGCCAGUGCCGCCCACCUGAGCAGCUUCACUGCCUCCCUGAACGCCAGUCUCCACCAUUCGCAGUCGCUGCGCCGCAACCUGGGGCAUCCGCUGGCCGCGGCGGCGGCUGCGGCAGCCGCUGUCCAAUCCCAACAGGUGCCCACGAUACAGCAGACCCUCGAGAAGUCCCCGGUGGGGCAGAGAACCCCUCAUGCCAGCGGCUUGUGUGCUCCCUCUUUGAAGCGAAAGCGAUCGCAGCCAGAACAGGGCGAGACCACGCCACCACCAGCAUCAGUGGCGUCAGCAGCAGGAGCAGGAUCAACCACUCCCACUGCAGGACCCUCCUCCAGUACAGGUCCACGCUCCAGAUCCCCUUCCCCACAUGGCUCCAUCGAUGACAGCAGUCCGGGAUCGGCGAACGGCGGCAAACCCAAGACCUUCUCCUGUUUGGAGUGCGGUAAGGUAUUCAACGCCCACUACAAUCUCACACGCCACAUGCCCGUCCACACGGGGGCACGCCCCUUCGUGUGCAAAGUGUGCGGCAAGGGAUUCCGACAGGCGUCAACAUUGUGCCGCCACAAGAUCAUCCACACCUCGGAGAAGCCGCACAAGUGCCAGACCUGCGGCAAGGCCUUCAAUCGCUCCUCCACCUUAAACACCCACGCGAGGAUCCACGCGGGCUACAAGCCGUUCGUGUGCGAGUACUGCGGCAAGGGGUUCCACCAGAAGGGCAACUACAAGAACCACAAGCUCACCCACAGCGGGGAGAAGGCGUACAAGUGCAGCAUCUGCAACAAGGCCUUCCACCAGAUCUACAACCUCACCUUCCACAUGCACACGCACAACGACAAGAAGCCCUACACGUGUCGCGUCUGCGCCAAGGGCUUCUGCCGCAACUUUGAUCUCAAGAAGCAUAUGCGGAAGCUGCACGAGAUCGGAGGGGAUCUGCUGGACGAUGAUCUGCCGCCGGCCUACGAACGGAGGAGGGAGUACACCCGCCGCGAGCCCUUGUCCAGUUACAGUCAGGCCAGUCAGCUGACGCCGGACUCCUCCGAGGGCAGCAUGUCGCCGCCCAUCAAUGUGACGACUCCUCCGCUGUCCAGUGCAGAGACAAGCAAUCCCGCAUGGCCACGCUCGCAGUACCAGUCGCCAGCAGGCUUCCAUCCGCUAGCAGUGCCGCCCUCGAGUAUCCAUGGGGACUAUCCCGGAGGAUCGGCCUUCCUGCAGCUCGCACAUCCCGCAUCCCAGCAGCAGCACCAACCGCCGCAUCCACAACAGCAGCAGCAGCAAAGGCUGUCUGCAGCCGCACUGGAGAAUGUCCCAUUCAUAGCGAAAGUAUUCUGACAGAGAUACUAUGCGGACAGUCUUAAUUCGGCUUCAGCUACGGCUUCGAUAUCCACGACUGGCUCCACGGCCACGGUAACAACUACGGCAACAUCCACCGCCACUUCGGCGGCCAGGAGCGAUUUGCUCAUCGAUUGACUGCAGUUUGUGGCAGCGGCAGCCGCUGCAACCACAACCACCACAGCAACCGUUGUAAGCGAUUCUCACGAAGUAGGGGAACCCCUGAGGGGUUCGACAUCCCCAGAGCUAACCUGCACGGCCCUGAGCAGCGCUGUACGAGCCCUGAAUGGACUCUUCUAGGAUGAAGGAGAUCCAGAUACAGAUCUACCCACCAGGACCCCCCAAAAAAGAACAACAGCCAACAAAUGGUUUCAACUUGUGCAAUACUCCCCACUCACUGAUUAUAAUGAACCACCCGCUCAACACGCCCUCUAUGAUAACUCUUUCAUAUGUGUCCAAAGGUGUGUGUGUGUGUGAUUAUAACUGUAUAUAAAGAAUAGCAAUAUAAGAAUUGUUCCCCCUUAAUAGAUGUUGCAUUCCCUUAGAUAUACUCACUUUACACCUAAGCAUCGCUCUCUUUAUGUGUAGAUAUAUAGAUACAAGUACGAUCGUACGAUCUAGAUAGUUCUGAAUGUCUCCCUACCCCACCACGCACUGAGUUCUGUGUAGAUCGGCUACACAGAUCCUCUGAAGUGCGCUUUGAUAUAGGAAAUGUUUUCGGAAUUGUCUACGAGCAUCAUCUGUUUUAGGGAUCUAUCAACCAAUUUACAUCAUUGCAAAUGUAUCUUAGAGUUGUACUAGAUUUAGCCCUCGAUGUCUGUGUUUAAUCCAUGGCGAAAAUUAAAGAACAUUUUAACAAACGAA